ACAACAAUGUACACACGCUCCUUUCUUAACCUUUUUUUAUUUUCCCUUUGUUUCAUUGUUUCUCUUUCUCAUGCAUUAAACAAUGGUUUUAGUGUUGAACUCAUCCACCACGACUCUGUAAAAUCACCCUUCUACCAACCUACACAAACCAAAUAUCAACGUGUUGUCAAUGCCGCACGUCAAUCCAUCAGCCGUGUUAACCAUUUCUACAAAGAUUCAGUCACUAAUAUUCCUGAAUCGACUGUAAUCCCUGACAGAGGCGGGUAUCUCAUGACUUAUUCAGUUGGUACCCCACCAUUUAAGUUAUAUGGUGUUGCUGAUACGGGCAGUGAUAUUGUUUGGCUUCAAUGUCAGCCUUGUAAAGAAUGUUUCAACCAAACUACUCCUAUAUUUGAUCCUUCAAAUUCAUCAAGUUACAAAAACAUUCCUUGUGAGUCUCAAACAUGUAAUAGUCUGAGAGAUAGUUCUUGUUCUAAUCAAGAUUCUUGCCAAUAUUCCAUUAAGUAUGGCGAUCAAUCUCAUUCAAGAGGAGAUCUUAGUGUCGAGACUCUUACAUUAGCUUCCACCAAUGGUCGUUCUAUUUCGUUUCCUAAAACUGUAAUAGGAUGUGGAAACGACAAUGUGGGGACAUUUCGUGGUAAAACUUCUGGUAUAGUCGGCCUUGGAGGUGGAUCUGUGUCUCUUAUAAAACAAUUGGGAUCAACAAUUGGUGGAAAGUUCUCUUACUGUUUGGUGCCAUUGUUGGUUGAGUCAAAAGGGUCAAGCACACUCCAUUUUGGAGAUGCAGCUGUGGUUUCAGGACAAGGUGUUGUGUCAACUCCUUUAUUGAAAAAAUAUCCACAACCAUUUUACUAUUUGACAUUAGAAGCAUUUACAGUAGGAAACAAAAGAAUAGAAUUCGUUGGAGAUUCAACUGGUGAUGAUGAGGGUAACAUCAUUAUUGAUUCAGGUACUACAUUGACGCUUUUACCAAGCGAGGAUUAUACUAAUUUGGAAUCAGCUGUUGCAGAAUUGGUUGACCUAGAGCGUGUUGAAGAUCCAAAUAAUAUAUUUAGCCUUUGCUACAGUGUCACAUCAGAUGCAUAUGAUUUUCCUAUAAUCACAGCAAAUUUCAAAGGUGCAGAUGUUAAAUUGCAUUCUAUUAGUACCUUUAUUCCAAUUGCACGUGGGACAGUUUGUUUGGGUUUUGUCCCAUCUCAAAUUGGUUCAAUCUUUGGAAACUUGGCUCAGCAAAAUUUGUUGGUUGGUUAUGACCUCAUUAAAAAGGUUGUAUCAUUUAAGCCUAUUGAUUGUACCAGGUUGGGUUAAAUUUACCAAUUAGCUUUUUAUUCACAAUAAAUUGGUUGUACCACUUUAUUACUAUUUCCUUAAUUGUCAAAAAAUAAAUUGGCUAGAAUGUUAUUAAAAUUUAGAUAGGUUUCAUGUUACUUGAGGAAGUUGAACUAAAAAGCUAAAUAAAGGAGUCAACGCGUUUUAUGUA